AUGUCUGAAUACUGGAAGUCGGUUGCGAAGCACCACUGCGGGGUGUGCAACGUGUGGCUCUCUGGACACCCGCGGAAUGUGGCGGCCCACAAUGCGAGUGAAGUGCAUAAAGGACGGAAGGAAAGUACUCUGAAACGGCUCGCGGAAGAGGAAAGAGAGAAGGCGGCCGCAGCUCAACAUGUCCAGGACACUCUCCGGGCCAUCGAAGGCGCCGCCCUCGCCUCUAUGCAGGCCGCGAUCCAAGACGACGUCCUUUUUCCGGACCCGAGCACCUUUGUCCCCGGUCCGGACGGUCUACAGUCCUCAGGUCUGCCGCCCCCCGCCAAACCCUGGUCGGCGACUACAAAGCCGACGCCGGCCGAGCCCGUCCGGCCGCCCCCACGAGACUAUCGCGCCCCCAACCCGAUGCACCAAUUCGUAAGCGAGGCGCAGCGGGAGCGAGACAAAGGAGACCUUGCCGAUUUUAUCCGCAACCGGCUGCUUGACCGCAAGACCACGACCUCGCGCCUGCCACCCGCCGGCCCUGCCGCGGAGAAAAAAGGGGCUUAUGUCACGUGUGGCAGGGCAGAUGCUGCAGCAAGCGUGUCGGACGACGACGUGGACCUUAGUGGGCUGGACCCCACGUUCUACGGAGCCUUCGAAGAGUUGCCAGACCGGCUCCAAAAAAGUCGGCGCGCGCAAAACGUUGGCAACUGGGUCGAGGAACUUCACGAAACCACGGGACUCCCCGUCUACUUCAACGCGCUCCUCAACGUAAAACUCUGGGUCAAACCCGAGUUCCCUGAGCACACACUGAGACUUAGGGGCGCUGACCCGCCGGAGUCAGGAGCCGCGUCGGGUUCAGAGGCGCUGUCGGGAACACAGGGCGUCGCAGUCCAAGGCAGGUCGAAGGAACCGACGGAAGCAGAAGCGGGAUCGGAGCCGGGACCGAAGUCUCUGUCUACGCUGCCCCCGUCGACCGAGCCCCCAGUAAAGCCCCCCUGGACGGAAGCUCCGUCAGAGGAGUCGGAAGAGAUGACGUUGGAAGCGAUAAUGCGGCGUGCUCGGCAGUUGCAGACGACGCACGGCGCGGCGGCCGGUGCGCCGGGUCAGUGGCAGGUAGUAAACGAAGGGGAGCAGGUGAUGUGCGGGGACGUGCGAGCGCGGUCUGUUUGCGACGACUUGGGGGCCUCCAGGGAGGCCGUAAGAGAGUCGGACAAUAUCGUGGACGAGUUGGUCGAGACAGACCUGGAGCGGAGGCAGUACCAGCAGUACAGGUUCGGGACGACGUGUACGGGGACGGGGACGGGAGCGGGCGUGGGACCGGGUAGUCGGUUUAAGAAACGGAAGUUGGUCAAAGGGGAUGACGAGAAGACAGUCAAAGGCGAUGACGAGAAGACGGUCGAAGGCGAGGACGAGAAGAUGGUCGAAGACAGAUCGGGUUCGGGUGCAGGCGGGUCUUGA